CAUCGCAUUUGAUACGAAUAUAUAACCUUUGAAAGCGCGGCUUAUCCCUCGUCACCCUGGACUUUUCCAAAUGCCUUAGUGAGCAGCAAGGCUUUAGUUCGAAACCCUAUUUCUCGUGUGACGAUAGAGGGAAACAAGUCCAGCGAUCGUGCAAAGCGCCGCGGGCUAACAGCUAGCCUCGCAGCACGUAAAUACAACGGAUCGGGCGCCGAUCGCAAGCGCGCAAGUUUUUUGUGCGACUCGCAGAUUUCAAUUGGGAGAAGCAAAAGGAAGGAGAGAAAGCAAAAAAUAGGUCGCCGGGUGCAGCAGUCGCCCGGAAAUGGAUUACGAUUAUUUGCUAAAGUUUCUCGCGCUCGGCAAUUCGGGCGUCGGAAAAACGAGUUUUUUAUAUCGCUACACAGAAGGCACGUUUAAUCCGCGCUUUCAUUCCACCGUUGGCAUCGACUUUAAGGAAAAGCGACUUGUGUAUGAGUCAUCGAAAGGAGAAACUCGGAGAGUACGUUUACAACUUUGGGACACAGCUGGACAAGAAAGGUUCCGAAGCUUAACCACGGGCUUCUACCGCGAAUCGAUGGGCUUUUUUCUGGUGUUCGACUUGACAAAUGAACAGUCCUUUCUGGCCGUAAGAGGCUGGCUGCAAGAGAUCAGGAUGCACGCCUACUGCGAACAGCCAGACGUCAUUCUUUGCGGUAACAAGUCGGACCUGGCCAACAGACGAGUAAUAAGCGAGAUCCAGGCUCGAGAGCUGGCCCAAGAGCACAAUAUGAUUUACUUGGAGAUGAGCGCUGCGACGGGACAGAAUGUGAGCGGAGCCGUUGAUAUGCUCUUAGACCGAGUUAUACGGACGAUCGAUAGAGCAGUGGACCAUGCUUUGGUGCCCUAUCAGAAGCGACGAAACUGUCGGCAACUUGAGAUUAGAUCUGCAUCGAAGCCUUCUUGUUCUUGUUGAUGCAUACGCGCCGUCGGCGCUCUCCCGAUGCUCCUUCCAAUGGUCGUGCACAGUACUCCAUCUGGCAAUAAAGAAAGUAAAAUAA